AUGUCUUGGGAUCAGGCUCCCGCUGGUAGCUGGGGUGAUCAACCUGCUCAUAUCUCCAACGGCCCGGCUGCAAACAACUCCUAUGCUCCGCCUGCAAAUGACUUCAAUGGUCCGGUUGCAAACAACUUCAACGCUCCACCUAUCAAUGGAUUCAACGGCCAGGCUGCAAACAGCUUCUACGCUGCACCUGCCAAUAACUUCCCUUCUGCUGCUGCAUCUGGUGGCGCUCAUGGAGACCAGUUCGCUGGUGCUAAUUCAAAUGACGCUCGCAACCACGAGGCUGGCGCAUUCGGCGGCUCUGGUGGAUAUGGAGAUGCUGCUGGUGGUGGGUUUGAUGGAGGCGGUGCUGAUGGAUUCGGUGCUGGUGGAUUUGGUGAUGGAGGCGGUGGUGGGAGCGGUGGCGGCUGCUUCAACUGCGGCCAAGAGGGUCACAUGAAGUCCGAUUGCCCACAACCCCCAAAGUCCCGUGGUUGCUUCAAUUGUGGCGAAGAGGGCCAUUCAAAAGCCGACUGCCCAAACCCCGCUGUUGCCCGUGAAUUCACUGGUACUUGUCGUGUGUGUGAGCAACAAGGCCACCGUGCGGCCGAUUGCCCAUCCAAGCCUCCCACCGUUUGCAAGAACUGCCAGGAGGAGGGACAUGAGGUUGUUGUGUGUGACAAGCCCCGCAAGAUCGAUCGCUCCCAUGUUAAGGACAUCACUGGUGAGCAAGCUUGGGCUCUCAUCAAAGAGGCCGCUGCCGAACGUGAGAUCCUUGAGCUCAAGGACGCUGUUGAGAUGUAUGUCAAGAAUUGCCCGGAUGUCACCUACCCUCAACUUGAGGAGGCUUUCCGCAACUUGGAUGUUCCUGUCUACCUUAUCGCAAUCGAGAAGGAAUUGAAUCCAACUUAUGUCAACAUGGAUCUCCAGGGCAACCUCGGCAAGACCUACUCCAUCACCUGGCGCUGGUCUCCCAACCCACGUGCACCUAAGGAGCAUGAUGCUUGGCCAUCCAGCCCUGAGGAGAACCGUACCCGUCUUGAGGAUGCCGGCGAGCCUGUCUACUGCCUAAUGCAGAAGUGCGGCAACUGUGAUGGACUCGGCCACACUCAGCGUAACUGCCCCCAGGACAAGGUGGAGAAGGAGCACACCGUCGUUAAGUGCUACAACUGUGAGGAAACUGGACAUCGCAUCCGUGAUUGCCCCAACCCCCGCCCUGACAAGUUUGCGUGCCGCAACUGUAAGCAAUCUGGUCAUUCUUCCAAAGAGUGCUCAGAGCCCCGUUCGGCCGAGGGCGUUGAGUGCAAGAAAUGCAAUGAGGUCGGUCACUUCUCGCGUGAAUGCCCACAGGGUGGCGGUGGAGGUAGCCGUGCUUGUCACAACUGCGGCCAGGAGGGUCACUCGAAGAAUGAUUGCACCAACGAGCGAGUCCUCAUCUGCCGCAACUGUGAUGCACAAGGUCACGAAUGCUCAAAGCCCCGUGAUUAUUCGCGUGUGAAGUGCUCGAACUGCGACCAGAUGGGCCACACCAAGGUCCGCUGCCAGAUGCCACUUAAGAUCGAGGAGGGUGAGGCUGGCACUGGUGGUGACAACGACAACUUUGGAACUGGUGGUGAUAACCUUGCCGCUCCUGUUCCUGGCAACUCUGGAGAGAACUGGUGA